UCUUUGAUGGUCCAAAUUCAACAUAAAACAGAAUUGCACAACGAAAUCCACAUUUUCAUUUUCCAACUCCCCCCCAUUUUUUCAAUCUCCACCACAACAUCUUCCAUAUCGCCUCCCAUCCUCCGCCGUCCGCCGCCUCGAUUUUGUCUCGUAUCUAAAAAGAAGCAAUUAAUUAAUCAAUCUCCCAUGGCACGGUCGGCAUCACCAUCUCAUUGCUGAUCUGGUGAUGCAUGGAGGACCCCGCCGCGCCGUCCGCCCCUUCUCCUCCGCCGCUGGCCGCCCUGACGCUCCUGCAGCCCUCCGGCAAGAAGAGGAACAAGCCGGGGCGAGUCCUCCGCGUGUUCCGUAACGUGUUCCGGUCGUUCCCGAUCAUCGCCCCCACGUGCCGCUUCCCGGCCCUCCCCGGUGGCGGCGGCCUCCCCGACAUCCGCAUCUCCGGCGGCAGCCGCGUGACGGGGACGCUCUUCGGGUACCGCAAGGGGCGCGUGAGCUUCUCCAUCCAGGAGAACCCCCGCACGCUGCCGACGGCGGUGGUGGAGCUGGCCAUGCAGACGCACGUGCUGCAGCGGGAGAUGGGCGUCGGCAUGGUCCGGAUCGCCCUCGAGUGCGAGAAGCGGCCGGAGAAGGCGGCGGAGGAGCUGCUCGACGAGCCGCUAUGGACCAUGUUCUGCAACGGCAAGAAGAGCGGCUACGCCGUCAAGCGGGAGGCGAGCGAGGACGACCUGCAGGUCAUGGAGCUGCUCCGAGCGGUGUCUAUGGGCGCCGGGGUGCUGCCGGGCCGCUCCGAGUCCGAGGGCCCCGACGGCGAGAUGGCCUACAUGCGGGCCCACUUCGACCGCGUUGUCGGCUCCCACGACUCCGAGACGCUCUACAUGGUCAGCCCCGACGGGAACACCGGCCCCGAGCUUAGUAUUUUCUUUGUCAGGCUGGGAUGAGCGUGUUUUAGUCUCGUAUUUUAUCGAAGAAAAAGGAGAAGAAGAACUUGUUAACAAAUUGGGAUCAUUGAUCAAUUUGAUUAGUGGAUGAAUGAUUAAUCUUGAGAUCGAAUGUUUAAUUAGUUUGUUAUUUCUACCUAGAGCUAAUUAUAUUCUUUAAUUAUAAUGGUAUCUUUUCCCUUUUUUGUUCUUUGAUUUUCCUUUCCUUUGGAGGGCAAACUUUUGAUGAAAAAUAGGAUUGUAAAAUUCUCUUAUAUCAAUAAAAGUUCAAAGUUUAUUUCCGAA